AUGAAGUACAUAAAUAGCCAAACGAGGCUUCUGCCCUUCCGUGGACAAUUCUCCUACAAGAAUCUCGCUUAUGAGCAGGCAGACAAAAUAAUCGAGUCCCUAAGUGGUCAGUCUUUUUCUGACUUUGUCCAAGAGAGGAUAUUCAAUCCUCUCGGUAUGAAUCGCACGUUCCUUAAGACCCCUCCGUCAGAACUGGACGACAUCGGCACUACCUACAACGCGCUGGACGACGGGGCUUCAGCGCCUAUCACGGCUGUCAAGGUCGGAGAUGAUUGGCUCGGUCGGCCUCACGCUGGUAUGCGAAGCUGCAUCAGUGACCUUGAGAAGCUCUACAGCGCACUUGUAUUUUACUUCAACGAUCAGUUUGAGAAGGGAACUACAUCAACUGGACACUUGCCACUCAAACAAGUCACACAAUUGAUGUCAGCUGAGAUUCCAAUGGACCAGCCAUCCAGAAAUGAGGCAUCGUACAGUUUCGAUUGGGGACGUGUUCAAUUUCCCAGAAGGAUGGGUCAAAUAGGUAUCAACCCAGACCUCUUAACUGAUGGUAUGCCUGUGGUCGGCAAAGGUGUUCCUUCUCAAUUGGUCAUUUUUCACCAGAGAAGUCUAUCUGGAGCCUUGUCGAUUGUAAUGCUACUACCAGAAAGCGAGACUACUAUCGUUAUAUCGACAAACGCUCUUGCUCUCAACGAUGUUGCUAAUUGGAUGGGGCAAAUAGUUCUUGAAGAAUUCCUUCAGGUCCCAGACACAGAAAGAAACGACUACGUUGAAUUAGCGAAGAUAUCGAGAGCAGAAAAUCUGAAGUGGUAUCCCGCGCUCAUACAACAGCUUGGACAGGAGUGGAAGGAUGACACGUUGGUAAAGCCUCUCGAUGAGUACGUCGGCACUUACUGGAACGACCUGCACAUCUUCAAGGUCGACGUGAAACUGGAGAAUGGCCAGCUGUACUGGCUUCUACAGGGCCUCGAGUCAGAGGAAUUCUCUCUCAACCAUUACGAAGAUGACUCAUUUACAUGGCUGCAGCCACAUAAUGAGGUUUCCAGACGUGGACGAUGGGUAGAGUGUGACCAGGGACCAGAUUUCUGGAAAGCGGUGUUCAAAGGAGGCGAAGACGGCAAGAUAAACAAACUAUUCUAG